AUAUAAAACCAGACUAAGUGCUUCCAUUAAAGCCAUUUACUUUACUAUACCAAGUGACAACUUAGCAGAAAACAUUAAGCCAGGUCCCUGUAAAACACGUUUCAUGCUUUUAUCUUUGAUGUCAUUGGAGUAAAAGCAACCUUUAGCAUUUAGGGCCAAAGACCUUAGCUGUUACAAAGGUAAAUGUAAACGCCGCCUCCCCCCCAAAAAAAAAAGUUGAAUGGAAACCACCAUGUAAAGCUGGCAUACCAUAACGCUGCUGUGCGUCAUUUGAGAGUGAAGUGCCGCAGAUGUCACUGGUGCUGACAAGCUUGUAUACUUGGCCUGCGUCAUGGAUCUGACACACAAAUGUCACAAGAGAUGAGCCAUGCAGCAGGUACUGGAUAACCUGAAAGAGCUGCCAUCAGGCACAGGGACGAAGGAUAUAGACCUCAUCUUCCUCAGAGGCAUCAUGGAGAGCCCCAUCGUCCGCUCCCUCGCCAAGGCCCAUGAGCGCCUUGAAGAAGUGAAGUUACAAGCGGUGCGGGAUAAUAACGUUCAGCUGGUGGCAGAAAUCCUGGAAUCCCUCAAUCUCCUCCAGGAAAAGGAUGCUGCUGCUGCUGAGCUUGCCCGGAUCCUUCAGGAGCCUCACUUUAAGUCUUUGAUAGAGACUCACGACAAAGUGGCAGCAAAGUGCUAUGAAUUACCGCACAAUGAAGUUAACAGCAAUUCCCUGUUGCCAAGUUCCCUCAUGCCAGCCGAUGCCGUCAGGGUGAUUGGCAUCCAGAAGAAAAUGGGCGAACCACUGGGGGUGACGUUCCGCGUAGUGCACGGAGAGAUGGUGAUCGCGCGGAUCCUGCACGGCAGCUCGAUCGACAGGCAGGGCAUGCUCCACACAGGGGACGUAAUCUGUGAGGUAAACGGGCGGGAGGUCGGGACCAAUCCCUGCGAGCUCCAGAAGCUGCUGAGAGACUGCAGUGGGAGCAUCACCCUGAAGGUCCUGCCGAGCUACAGAGAUGCACCGUCACCACCACAGGUUUUUGUGAAACCUUACUUCAACUAUAACCCGACCGCAGACAACUUGAUUCCCUGUAAAGAUGCAGGCCUGGCCUUCUCCAAAGGAGACAUACUUCAUGUUGUCAAUAAGGAAGACCCCAACUGGUGGCAGGCACGCAAAGUUGUUGGUGGUGGCGCCGGUCUCAUUCCUAGUCAGUUUUUGGAGGAGAAGAGGAAAGCCUUUGUGAGAAGAGACUGGGACAGUGCUGGUACAGGGGUGCUCUGUGGGACUCUAACUGCAAAAAAAAAGAAGAAAAAAGUCAUGUACCUCACUGCUAAGAAUGCAGAGUUUGACCGUUAUGAGCUGCAGAUCUAUGAGGAAGUAGCCAGGAUGCCUCCAUUCCAGAGAAAAACACUGGUUUUGAUUGGAGCACAGGGAGUUGGGAGGCGGAGCCUGAAGAACAGACUCAUCGUCAUGAACCCUCUGCGAUAUGGAACCACUGUCCCCUUUACAUCACGGCGCUCAAGAGAAGAGGAAAAAGAUGGCCAGAACUACUGCUUCGUGACCCGAGAGGUGAUGGAGAAAGACAUCAAAGACAGCCGAUACCUGGAGCACGGCGAGUACGACGGCAACCUGUACGGCACCAAGAUCGACUCCAUCCACGAAGUGGUGCACGCUGGCCGAACGUGCAUCCUAGACGUCAACCCUCAGGCCCUGAAAGUGUUGAAGACUGCUGAGUUUAUGCCAUUCGUGGUGUUUAUUGCUGCUCCUGAACUGGAUACACUAAGAGAGAUGCACAAGGCCGUUGUCGAUGCAGGCUUGACAACCAAACUGCUUACGGAGAACGAUUUAAAGAAGACUGUGGAUGAGAGUGCCAGGAUCCGCCGGGCCUACAGUCACUACUUUGACCUGACUAUUGUCAAUGACAAUCUGGACAAGGCAUUUGACAAGCUGCAGGAUGCUGUGGAGCGGUUGUUCGUAGAGCCGCAGUGGGUUCCCGUCAGCUGGGUCUACUGACGUUUUACCUCCACCUGGACAGAAGGACCUGAGCUGCCAGCUGCCUGUGUGAUUUGGGUCUCGCACAAAGCUCCAUCAGAGUCACCUUAAUCUGAAUUGCCAGAUUUCUUUCUAGCACACUAUGCAACUCUGAACACACAGGAAGUGUACUUAUUUAUUGGCAAAUAUUUUCUAUGAAUAUUUUCAAAAGGAAUAGGGGGGAUAGUGACUCUUGGGUCGCAUUGUUUUUAAGCAUACAGUUUUUGCUAUUUCCCCGUUUAAUUGCAAAUGUGUUUGUGAGAUCGGGAAAUUGUAUUUAUUCAACAAAAGUGAGGGCUCGCUCAUUCACAAGUAUGAUACCUCAGUGUUUACAGUGCUUCAUCUCAUUUUACUAGUGCAAACUUGCUCAAAGAAGUGUCUUUUGAGACCUCUUUCUCUCUUGAAAGUGACAUUUAUUCCCCAAUAUCUUUCCAGUUCAGCUUUGUGAAUAGAAAUGUCUCGCCAGUCACUGUAAAAUGUUACACAGGAAAAAACAAAAAGCAAUACUGUAGUUGUGUUUACCCAGCGUUUCUCUCUCACUCAAGCACAAAGGACCUUUUAAUAAUGAAACUAAUUGUUUUUUUCAGACGUAUGGAAUAAGUGCAUGACUGUUAGACCCAUGAAUUAUAUCCUUUGUGUUCGAAAGAGAAAUUUUCCACAGGACUCUCACAGGGUACUGCAUCUCAGUGAACCAUCCCUUUUGAUGUGAUAUUACCAAAAUGUAAGUUUUAAAUAAAAUUCAUAUUUACCUAUAAUAGUAUAUUUUACAAAAUUUCAAAUAAGAUGUAUUUUCAGAUGUCAAAUAAAUAACUGGUGUUUUCUAA